AUGAAAGGGGAAUUUAUCGUAUCGUCGAGGUCGUAUAUCGAUCCACUCGAUGCACUCGAAGCAGCAUUCGCAGGACUCCUCACACAGGAAGCAGCAGCAGAGCGUGGCCAGGCUAGAGGUAAAACAGUACGAUUAGCAAGGUGCGGCGCGACAAAAUCUAGCAAGGGUGUGAGGCCUACCAGGCACCGAGACAUCCGCGGUCCUUCUGCUGGGGAGGAGGCUGUUGCUGGUAUUGCAUCUGCUGUCCGGUCAGAGGUUGAUCGCAUGACUGCACAUAACACUGGCAUCAACAUACCUGAGGGUAGGGCUGCUGGGGGUAUCCCUGGGGAGGAUAGCCACCCUGCGGAGGCGGAUAGCCCUGGGGAGGGUACCUGUGCGGAGACCGGGUCAGAACAAUGCGCAAAUCCGGGGUAUGGUUUGACGAGAGACUCUGCGACCGCUGGCAAACGCAGGAAAAAACAUCGGCGUCGAGGAGCUUGGUGA